AUGAAAGAGGAAGACGGAAUGUCAGCCCUAACUCAAGCAGUCCCUCUUGCUACCUCCAAUCUAGAUGCCAUGGCCAAUGCGAGUCUUACCCAUAUACCCACCAAAGACGUGUGGAGCCCUAAUAGUUCAACGUCCCAUACAAGUAGUUUACCUAACGGAGGCGGACAGAUGAUCACGCUUUCACCUCCAGCAGGAGAUCCGGCCGGCAGUCAGCAAGAGCCUGGACAAGGAUCAUCCACAGCGGCUGGCUCCGAUUUGACGGGUGAUGCUGAAGGAGUAUGGAGUUUGGACAUUGACCAAGCUUUCCAAGAAGCUCUUGCCAUAUAUCCUCCAUGUGGUCGAAGGAAAAUCAUAAUAAGUGAUGAAGGGAAGAUGUAUGGUAGAAACGAACUGAUUGCGCGAUACAUCAAGUUACGAUGUGGUAAGACGCGAACUCGGAAGCAAGUCAGCUCACACAUACAAGUCUUAGCCCGAAAGAAACAACGAGAUGAACAAGCAAAGAAGAAGGGUAGCGAUAGUUCUCCUUCAAUGCUUAACAACUCAAGUCCCAUCUCAACGGCUGCUUCAACACCAAUGCCACCAGUAGUUUCCUCUAUGGCUUCAGCUGUUACUCCUUCUAUUAAGCAAGAACCAAAUUCCAUUUCUAAUAAUCUUCAACAACAACCUCCAAAUGUUACUCCAUUCACACAGAUUCCAUUGCCAUCCAAUCCAUCUCUCAAUAUCGCCGAUCCCGAACAAUUACAGUUCUUAAGUAAAACAGCAUUAUUGCCUGCUGCUCUCUAUUCCCAUGUUUGGGCUUUUCCAACAUUCCAAAACCCAUCUGCAGGAUUUUCACCUCCCGAUAUGAAGCCAGUGAUAAAUGCCCAGUUCUCCUCAUCCUUCAAUAUGAUGCCAGCGUCAAUCAACUGUGAAAACAAGAAGAAUGAUACAGCUAUUGCUUCAUCAAAGUUAAUGCUUAACGAAUUCACAGCUUAUGUGGAACGGCCUACAGGCCAACGAGUAGAUAUCGUCAGCAUUCCUCGACAUGAUGGAGAACUUGUGAAAUUAUCGAUGUCGUCGAUAGCUGAUAAAUAUCCUCCGCUCCUCCGAGAAUUAUAUGAGAAGGGUCCGAAAGAUGCAUUCUUCUUGGCCAAGUGUUGGGCCAAUGUGCAGUUCACCAUUGGGGAUAAAUAUUCAUUCGCUGUUGAUUCCAACUACAAAUCAUUGAAUCGUUUUGAUAUUUCUGUUUCAACCAAAGUUUGUUCGUUCGGAAGUGAGGUUGUGGAGAAAGUUGAAAUUUAUUCAGCGGAGGAGGAGAAUGAUCACUAUGCCUUCCGUCUGGAAAACAGCCCUAUGUGUGAAUUCAUGGUCAAGUUCAUAAAAGAACUCAAGAAAUGUGAAAAUGAAGAAGAAAUGAAUAAAGUUUUAGACAAUUUCACAGUACUACAGGUUGUAACUGACAAGGAUACAGAAGACACCUUGAUGGUUCUCUGUUUUGUUUUCGCUGUUAAUGCCGGUCCAGAAUCACAGUGUUCAUUGUUCAGGCUGACAUCAUAA